AUGGAAGAGGAGGUGAAGGAAGAGGAGCCAGAUGCUCAACUAAAGGAAGAGAAGAAGGUAAGAUUGGUCUUCUGGUCAUUUUAUUUUAUUUUGCUAGGGUAUAAUCUAUCUUGUUUCAUUUUACAAACUUGAUUCAAUGUCAGAUGAAAAUGAGGCAGGUCUAUGUCUUUCGACAGCUUCACAGCUUUUCAACAGAAAGUUUACAGAAUCUCUACAUAUUAAAAAAAAAAACUCAUUACUUUCAUUUUUAACACUGUAUAGGAGAGGAAGAAUGAGAGGAAGGUAUGAUUGGUCCUCUGGUCUCUUGGGUUCUUUGCUAGGUUUGAAUCUAUCUGGCUAUCAAUUGGCUAAAUAAUAGGCUGCUUUGACUUGAUGUUACAAAUAAUAAUGUGGGAUUUGAAAACUGUAUUCUUGAAGGCCAAAUGGAAAUCAAGUGCCAAGAAGAAAUCAGCUGACCAGGGCACUGAAGAAGGUUAGAGAUUUUUCUAUAUGAAACUAUUUCUUUUCCCAGUACAUGUACUGUUUGGUUAGUGUGCCCUUUGUUGUGCAGAUUCAUUAUAAAAAUAAAACAAUAUUCAUAUUUAUUUUAGGUCCCUCAGUUGCAUUCUGUUCACCCAGAGCUCAGUCUCCAGAUAAAUACCAAAACAGAGCGGCAGUAAUUCAACUCUUACAGGAGGAAUUACGCAAGAGUCUACUUCACCCCUCAGGAAUGGAAGAGGACGUCUGCUUCCCAAUCCUCAUCAAUUUCAUGAGGAAUCUUACUGAAAGGUAUGCUCAAAAUCUUUCAUUAGUGUGCAUUCUUUAUAAAACAACCCUGGCUGAACCACUACAAAACCACUACAUAUGCUAACUUGUGUCUUUAUCAGGCAGUGGAAGGUGAUUCAGGAGGGCAUGAGAAAUCCUGUAAGUUUAUCUUUCAACAUUUGAUGUGUGAUUAUUUGAUAGAAAGUUGUACAUGAAGUUUAUCAUAUUGACUAACUAAGCACUUGACAACACAGCCCCUCAAUAAUAAAUAUUCUGCUUUUUUUGUAUUGAAACAGACAACCAAAGUACACCUUGCCAAAAUGUGUCGGAAGAUAGCGAAAACAGUUUCCCAUAUAGCGGUAGAGAUCCUCAUCCCGACCCUUGCACAAAUAUUAGAGCUUGAUGCCGCUAAGGAAGCUAGCUCCUCUCCCUCGCUGACUGGAUCAUUGUGCGCCAACAAUGCAAGCAUCCAGGAACAUGUGGUGAAAUUUAAUGAACAAGGUCUACCUAAGUGGCCUGGCAGUGGAAAGUCCCUGUGCAGUCAACGGGUCAAGACUCCCUACUCCUCCGCCACUGAUUUUGAGCAGUCACACAUGGUGACGUUUGAUGACAAAGAUCUAUCCACAAGGCCUAGCAGUGGAAGGUCUCUGUGCAGUCAACGGGUCAAGACUCCCUACCCCUCAUCCACUGAAUUUGAACAAAGUCUGGAAUUGAUCCGCGAACACAGUUACCACAAAAGAGAAUUGAGGACAAGCGGCAGUGGCACACAUUAUUAUAGGUAUGUUAUAGGUAUGUUCACCAACCACACUUCAACUGUGUGCCUGACCCAACUGAUCUUAGCACCAUAUACAUACUUACUUCAGGCUAACUUAUUCACAUAUUACACAGCAUUUGACAGUUCUAAGAAUGAAAAGCUAAAUAACUACUGUUUUUAUGGUAAAGUAAUAAAGCAGACACCACAUCUUUAGAGAACGAAAUAUUACAAUUAUUGUGAUUUAGGUGAAUUUAAAGUAUUGAUUUGUAGAGAUCAAUAUGUAAAUAUUAUAUAAGAUUGAUCAAUUAUUGUGUUUGUGUUGAAGUUCACAGACCUUGUUGCAGAGGGCACAUGGAGGAGAGGCUCGACUGACAGAUCCUCUGAAUGCCCUCUUUGGGAUCACAGAGAACACAAUUCUCCAGGCGCUGGGUGAUCAAUCCUGCUCUUCUGGCUCACCUGGAUUGACCAGAUCUGUGGUCAGAGAGGUCGUGAGUCAGGUUAACUCUGACAUCUCACUGAUUAUCUCCUGUUCCAGCUCAGGUAAAUCAAGCCCAGUGUUGUGUGACACUGGCAGGCGAUAUGCCAUGCAGGCCGCCCAGAAGCUGGUGUCUGUUAUCUGUGCCAAGCUGCGGAGGUUUGGAUUCACGGGACAGGCUGCGCCUCAAGCCAAAACCAAUCCAUCUAAGGAGAAUGUGGACAUUGAGGCUUCCCUUGCAUCGUUGACAGGAGAGGUCAUGGCUGUUAUGGUCAACUCCGGAGAAUGCCAGGAAGGAGAGCAAGGAACAAUGGAUGCGCUUCGAGAAAUCGCACACAAAGUCCAAUUUUUGGCUUCAAGAGAUAGUGUUUGUGGUCUUCUGGAAGACUCCCUAGAAGAGAAAAUAUCUCUGAAAGAGACUGUAUCCUCUGGCAGCAUGGCGAGUCAAAACAUGCUCAUAUUUUCACCUUCUGAGAAAAUGCUUAGAUCUCCUGUAAUGUCAACCAUUGAGAAAUUAUCCUGUGUUGAACUGAAGUCAGAAGCCACUAAAGCUAUUAGCGAAGUGCUCAUUAGGUCUAGUAGAAGUCUAUCUGCACAAAUGUCUGCUUGCACACCUGAGCCUUCAAGUAAUCUGGCCAGUGAAAGGAAUCUGCCAGCUAUGCCAGAAGAACAUUUAACAUCUACAAUUAAUAUAGGUUCUGAAGCCUCUGAAAUUAUGGAUUCCUUUCUGAGUGAUAUGAAGUGUAUCGCACAAUCAGAUUUCACAAAAUUGGAAGCUCUGCCCGUGGCCCUUAACCUUGCUAAAAAGUUACAGAAUAUGCUGAGGGGACUUUACUCUCGACUUUUGGCCCCUAAAAGCUCAGAUCGAGACAAAGAGGAGAAUCUAGAGCAAGCUAAAAACAUUUCUGCUCCUACUUUGAUCCAAAGGUCUUUUGGAUCCAACAAGAGUGAGCCCAUGCUUCCAGGGGUCAUCUCACCAGGAGCAGUGGCUCUUUGUAGAGGUCAGAGCGAAAGCUCCAGACCUAUGAUGGCUCUUAGCCCUCAGAUCAUUCAGCUUCACCUCGACUCUACCACUAAGGAGGUUAUGAGCACAAUUGUGUCAUGUUUCAAGCCAGAGGUUCCUGAGGAGGAAUUGACAUAUUCAGAUGAAAAAAUGUCAUCGGAUACAUCCCUUUUGGCCACUGAGUUUGUGGACCACAUCAUAGCUUGGUUAAAGGACAUCUCUGCCGCAAGUUCCGCAACUUCUUCAUCAGAGAGUUUGUGCGUUUCUCCUAAUGCAGUACUUUGCAAACUCACUAGUGAAACAUUUCAGACACAGGCAGCGAAACGAGUGAAACAAGUCCUAAGUAAAUCUGUCAGGUGCUUUUCCAACUUGGGAAGUUCCAGCCGAUCAGAGUCCCACACUAGUUGGGUCAGUCAAUCUGAUUUUGGCAUUCUACAGGAUUCCUCCUCAACUUCCUCUAUGAGCUUUGACUCAUCUGCUUUUGGUGUUGUUGCAACCGUUGUGAAAGACAUGAAGAGCCUGUUGCAGACUACCGAAUCAACUGAUAGUCUAGAGCCAACUGAUUCUGCCCUUCUACAUGGUACCUCAAGUUAUUCUGAGACUUCAAGCAAGAGCUGGCAAAGUGGUGUUCCCAUUUCUGAUUUUAAACUUUGGUCUACAGCACAGACUAUUUAUAGGCACCUGCGGAACAACUUGAGAGAGUUUUUCACCCGGCAUCAUCAACCAGAUGUAAAAACCACAGAUGCAACCAUGGCGCAAGCCAAGAAAAGCAUCAGCCAAAUCUUGGUUGCCAUCCAAGAGGACAUGAGCAGGUCGGAGGAAUUGAUGACCUCAGGGGAGCUGGUGCAACUCCAUGACAUUGUGGGAACAAUGCUGGAGGGUGUGGAGACAGUUUGCAGUGAGGGUGAUAAAGAGCAGGAGUGGCAAGAGCUUCAAAGACCUUCAUCUUCUUUAUCUACUGCUUCAAAAGGCUCAAGGUCUCAGAGAUUGGACAAUACUCACACUCUCCCAGGAACUCCAAUGUCAACUGAGUUACUGGACAAUAGCUUCCCUGUCGUUAGAAGCACAUGUAUUGAUGCAAGAGAUGAUAUUGGGGCCUCAUUGAGUGACCUAAGAAAAACCCUGAAUGGUGUGGUGAGCUUCAUCAUUGAAAAUCUUGAUCCUGAAGUGCUGCAGCAGACCACUUCUCCAGACUCUGAUCUAACACGUCUUGAAGAACUUAUCUCAAAGGAGAAGAUUCACUCAUUGUGCCAUGACCUUGUUGAUCAACUUGAGAGCCUCAUUUGGGAGCAGAACAGCAUCCCACUAAUCAAUUCGGUGGCAGUCGCUAAGUGUGUCUCUGACACAGUUUUGCUUAACCUUGCAAGGAGGGAAAACCAAGUGGGGAAACCCUUCUCCUCCAAACUCAUCUACAUGUUCGCUGAGGAGUCAGUGAAGCGAUUGCUGCUUCCUUUGAUCUUCCCUCCUUCAUCAUGGGGGUUGGAUCAGGAAGCCUCCCUUCAUGAUGUUCCAUCGAGAGCAUCUAGUCGCCGCAGCUCAAGUUCCACUACUUCUGGAGUGACUGUACUUGAUGGUUGUAGCUCUCUGGUGUCUGGCAGUUCCUCGCAGAUUUACGACGACACAGUGAAUCUGUUCACAAGAGCGAUCUGUUACCAAGUGAUGAACAACAUGUCUGGGGCCUCUAGUCACACAAUGGAGGACAACAUCCAUGACAGAGACGCAUCCGUCAUUGCCAUUGGGUCUGUGGAGCAGGCUCAGAGUUAUUCUAGUUAUCCUCAGGCUGUGAAUCAAGGCAUACGGAGGUUCAGAUUCCUCCCAAAGAUCUCCAAGUUCAGAAUCAACCUCAAGGUACACCAGAAAUGGGUCUAA